AUGGCCAAGAGAAGAACUAAGAAGAGAACUCAUGUGGUUCAGUCAGCGGAUCAGUUAAAAGAUGUUCCAAAAUCUAUGGUUAUAAGAGUUGGGCCAACUUCGUUGGGUAACCAUUCUUUAAACCAGUUGGUGAAGGAUUUUCGUCAGAUCAUGCAGCCAUACACUGCUGUCAAGUUGAAAGAAAGAAAAUCUAAUAAAUUGAAAGAUUUCGUAGUGAUGUGUGGUCCAUUAGGUGUAUCUCAUUUAUUUAUCUUUACUCAAUCUGAGAAAACUGGUAAUGUAUCGUUGAAGGUUUCUAGGAUGCCUCAUGGUCCUACUGUUACUUUUCAAGUGACAGAUUAUUCUUUGGGGAAAGAUAUCAAAAAAUUCUUGAAAAGACCAAAAUCUUUAAAUAAAGAAGAUGUGCUAGAUCCUCCUCUAUUAGUCUUAAAUGGUUUUACCACUUUGAAAAAAAAUGACGAUAAUGAUGAGGUUAAUGAAAAUGUGGAAAAAGUUAUGGUUUCAAUGUUCCAAAAUGUGUUCCCACCUUUGAAUCCUUCUAGAACGCGGUUAAGUUCUAUUAAACGUGUUUUCAUGAUAAAUAAAGAUCAAGAAACUGGAGAAAUCUCUAUGCGUCAUUAUUUCAUUGACAUCAGAGAAGUAGAAAUUUCUAAAAAUUUAAAAAGACUUUAUAGAGCUAAAAAUAAUUUGCAUAAAACUGUACCAAAUCUGCAUAAAAAGGAAGAUAUUUCUUCUUUAAUUUUAGAUCAUGAUAUUGGAGCAUAUACUUCCGAGUCAGAAGUAGAAGAUGAAUCAAUUGUCAAGGUAGUUGACAAACAAGACAUAAAAACUAAGAAAGCUAUUCCACAAGAAAAUAAUAAUAUACAACCUGAAGAGAAGGAAAAUUUGAUUGAAGAUACUACAAGUCAAAAUACUCCUGUUCCAAGAAAGAAAGCCAUUAAAUUGACUGAAAUUGGUCCAAGAUUAACCUUGAAGUUGGUUAAAAUAGAAGAAGGUAUUUGUUCAGGUAAGGUCUUACAUCACGAGUUUGUUCAAAAAACAAGUGCUGAAAUUAAAGCUUUGGAAAAGAGACAUGCUCAGAAGAUGAGAUUAAAAGAGGAGAGAAGAAAGGAACAGGAAGAAAAUAUAGCAAGAAAGAAAGCUGUUAAGGAAGCAAAGAAAGAAAGAAAAUUAGCAAGAAGAGAACAAAGAAAACAAGAAGCAAUGCAAAAUGGCGAAGAGGCAGAAAAUAUGUCAGGUCAAGAAAGUUCCGACUCAUCUUCAAGCGAUAGUGAACGCUAUAGCGAUGUUCCAGAAGAUUUGGACAGUGAUUUAUUCAGUGAGGUAGAAUGA